UGGACCCGGCGCGGCGGCUGCAGCGGCAGGAGCCGGCGCUUGAGCUCGAGCGACGGCGCUGGCGGAGACGCCGGCUGCUCCUCCCCUCCUCGCCGCAGGUGUUCCCCUCUGGAGAAGACACACCCACAGUUAGUACUUCCUUCAGAUGUUGACACUUGGUGAACAGCUGCUCUUGGUCACAAGAUUUAGAAGACAGUCCAUCCUCCCAGAUUGGAUCUCUUUUUGUAUGGAUCUUCUAUUUCUAUGUCUUUUUUAAAAAGAACUUUUUUGGGAAACAUUUUUGAUGACAACUGUUCAUCCUCAUCUAUGCAAAGAAAGGAAAGAUAUUGCUGGGAUUUUGAGGAGCUUUUCCUGACAGGAUUCCUGUACACCCUGGAAGUGCUUGAGGAAGAGUGAUGAAGAUAGGCAUGAAGCCUCCGUCUCACAGCUGCAUGCAUAGUCGCUGUUGAAGCAAAUGCCUACCUAAUCUGACAGUCUUGGUGUGUUUAAAAUUUUUUGAGUUUGCAAAUAAGCUUAUUAAGUCUCCUGAUGGAGCCUUCGGGCAGUGAACAGUUAUAUGAGGACCCUGAUCCUGGAGGCAAAUCCCAAGAUGCAGAGGCCAGAAAGCAGACAGAAUCUGAACAAAAGUUAUCUAAAAUGACCCACAAUGCUUUGGAGAACAUUAAUGUGAUUGGCCAAGGCUUGAAGCAUCUCUUCCAGCACCAGCGCAGGAGGUCAUCAGUGUCUCCACAUGAUGUGCAGCAGAUUCAGACUGAUCCAGAACCCGAGGUGGAUCUGGAGAGCCAGAACGCAUGUGCUGAGAUUGACGGUGUCCCCACCCACCCCACAGCUCUGAAUCGGGUUCUGCAGCAGAUCCGCGUGCCACCCAAGAUGAAGAGAGGAACGAGCUUGCACAGUAGGCGGGGCAAGCCAGAGGCCCCGAAAGGAAGUCCGCAGAUCAACAGGAAGUCUGGCCAGGAGAUGACCGCUGUUCUGCAGGCAGGCCGACCCAGGUCUUCCUCCACCACCGAUGCUCCCACCAGCUCCGCCAUGAUGGAGAUCGCUUGUGCGGCUGCGGCGUGUCUCCCGGGAGACGAGGCAUCCGUGGAGCGGAUCGAGCGGUUGGAAGUAAGCAGCCUCGCGCAGACGUCCAGUGCGGUGGCCUCCAGCGCCGAUGGCAGCAUCCACACAGACUCCGUGGAUGGCAUUCCAGACCCUCAGCGCACGAAGGCUGCCAUCGCUCACCUGCAGCAGAAGAUCCUGAAGCUCACGGAGCAGAUCAAGAUCGCGCAGACGGCCCGGGACGACAACGUGGCCGAGUACCUGAAGUUGGCCAACAGCGCCGACAAGCAGCAGGCGGCCCGCAUCAAGCAGGUCUUCGAGAAGAAGAACCAGAAGUCGGCCCAGACCAUCCUCCAGCUGCAGAAGAAGCUCGAGCACUACCACCGGAAGCUCCGGGAAGUGGAGCAGAAUGGGAUCCCCCGGCAGCCCAAGGAUGUCUUCAGGGACAUGCACCAGGGCCUGAAGGACGUGGGAGCAAAGGUGACGGGCUUCAGCGAAGGAGUGGUGGACAGCGUCAAGGGGGGAUUGUCCAGCUUCUCCCAGGCCACCCAUUCGGCAGCAGGAGCCGUGGUCUCGAAACCCAGGGAGAUCGCGUCGCUGAUUCGGAACAAAUUUGGCAGUGCCGACAACAUCCCCAACCUGAAGGACUCUUUAGAGGAAGCGCAGGUGGACGAGGCGGGGAAGGCUCUGGGGGUGAUUUCGAACUUCCAGUCGAGCCCAAAAUAUGGUAGCGAGGAAGAUUGUUCUAGUGCCACUUCAGGCUCAGUGGGAGCCAACAGCACCACGGGGGGCCUCGCUGUAGGAGCUUCCAGCUCCAAAACCAAUACCUUGGACAUGCAGAGCUCAGGAUUUGAUGCACUACUCCACGAGAUCCAGGAGAUCCGGGAUACCCAGGCCAGACUGGAGGAAUCCUUUGAGACCCUCAAGGAACAUUAUCAGAGGGACUAUUCCCUAAUAAUGCAGACCUUGCAGGAGGAACGGUAUAGGUGUGAACGGUUGGAAGAGCAGCUAAAUGACCUGACAGAACUGCACCAGAACGAAAUCUUGAACUUGAAGCAGGAAUUGGCCAGUAUGGAAGAGAAGAUCGCGUACCAGUCCUACGAGCGGGCGCGGGACAUCCAGGAGGCGCUGGAGGCCUGCCAGACCCGCAUCUCCAAGAUGGAGCUGCAGCAGCAGCAGCAGCAGGUGGUGCAGCUGGAGGGGCUGGAGAGCGCCACAGCGCGGAACCUGCUGGGCAAGCUCAUCAACAUCCUGCUGGCCGUCAUGGCCGUGCUCCUGGUCUUCGUGUCCACGGUGGCCAACUGCGUGGUCCCCCUCAUGAAGACGCGCAACAGGACGUUCAGCACUUUAUUCCUCGUGGUCCUGGUGGCCUUCCUCUGGAAGCACUGGGACGCCCUCCUGGGCUACAUGGAGCGCUUCUUCUCGUCCCCCAGGUGAUGCUGGGCCGCGCCCUGGCGAGCGCACACGGCGGCCAGCGGGCGGGACAGGUCACCUGCUCGAGUCGCCCCCACAGCGAGAGUCGAGUGAAUCUGUUUACAUUUAGAAUAAUGUUUUUUUCUUCAAGAGACGCAAUUGCAAUAGUAUUUUUUAGAUUUUAUCCAAGAAGUUUUUUGGGCGAAAAUCUUGGAUCCUUUUUAUGUAGCAUGAUUUUCCUUGGGAUGCAGAUCCUCCCCGUCCUCUAACACAGCCACCACCGGAACGCCCAAGGGCAUCUCAGCUGCGGCCUGAAGGACUCACUAACCCACUAAACAGAUGCGACACCCAGUUGGCAGAAAGACCCGACAGCCCCUCACCUGCCCCGGGGCACCACCUCCCGCCCGCCCGGGGACUCUACUGUGAAACCUGCCACAUUCCAUGUGUGAGUUUUGGGAUUCAGGGUGGCGUCUCCUCAUCCGUGGAAGAGCACGUGGACCUCCCUGGCACUGUCACCCAGUUGGCCAUUCACGCUCACCCUGGAGCCCCGUCACUCCUGGACCUGGUCCCCUCACGUUGCUGGGACACAGAAGUGAGAGCCUCGUGCCACAGGGUCACCGCCCAGUCCUCCUGCAGUGUCAUGAAGCAGCCCUGGAGAGCCUCGAGACCCGUCAUGUCCAGCAAAAUCUCUUGGCCGCACUUUUAAGGUUGUUUUUUUUUUUUUGUUUUUGUUUUUGUUUUUUUUAAUAUGUGUGUGUGCGCGUGUGUGCGCGUGUGUGUGUGUGCAUAGUUACCACCUUAAAAAUAAAACACCCGAACAGCAUACUUGAAGAAUGUACUACUCCAACUCUCAGUGCUUCCUUAUGGUUUCUAAUAGGAUUUUUUAUUAUUGUUAUUAUUAUUAUUGGGUUUUUUUGGAAGGGGAUUGGGAGGGUCUUUUAUUUUUCCUUUGAAAUAAAGAAGUGAUGUUUUUAAAUGGAGACGUGUGGCUAUUUAAAUGUGCUGCUCCCUCUUGUCCUGACACAGCGUGAGGAGGGGACUCGCUGGGGACAAGGCCCUGUCUUGACACGUAUCCUCAACGCCCCGCUGUGGCGGCUGCUUCGUGGGGUCCUGCCAACCCCUCCCCACCCGUCCCCGGCUCAGCGAGGUGGGGAGUCCAGGUGCGCAGGGACAGGGAGGCCGUGUCCCCAGAGCGCAUGCUACAGCGGGGACUGUUUGGCCCCAGGAAAUAUUCACCCAGUGACCUUGAGAUGGGGCUGUCAGUUAGGAAAAAUGGAGAGUCACAGCGAUUCCUUGUGUUUCCUUAAUUUAUUGUCACACCCCCGAUGGCCGAAACCAAAGUGAUGUGCGUCCUCUGUCUGCUCGUCGCCCGGCUCCCUGGAUUUCAAAGCUUUAUUCUGCCUGCCUCAGAGGACCUGCUGAAGGGGAUCCCACGCAGCAGCCGGGGACCGUCAGGUUAGGGGGACCCACGUCUUGGGUGUCACCGUCGCCGGCUUCCUGUUCAUCGAGACGGACGUCUUCACAAACUGUGCUCAGUGGACUUUUGGAGACAGUCGUCACCCUGGUGGGACCAGGACUCGGAGCUCGCCUGGAGAGCCUGGUUCGUCUUGGCGCAGUGUGGGUCCCCAAUGCCGUUCCCUCUCGUCCUCCGUCUGUGCGCCCAGGUGCUGCUCGGGGCCUGGGCCACACCCUGGAGAGAGAGCAGAGCCCGCUUUGCCUGCCCCCACGCCAGGAGCUGCUUCUGGAACCACAUCAGCGUUGCCCUGUCUGCGGGAAAGGAUGGCGUGGGGGACCGCUCUGGCCUUCUUUUGCUGUGGCCAGGCGGCCUGCCCGGUCAGCUGGUGGUCUCCAGGACCCAUUGAUAUUAUAACUCAGGUACCAGUCGCACCCCAACCCCAGAUGAUUGUAGUGCGCCUCCCUCACCAUGAGCCCCCAGCGCAGGGACCACAGGGGUGAUUUUUCUUUUGUAAGAAAUAGAAACCAUCAGAACCAAUUCACAUUCAUGCCAAAAACAAAUCGUCCCCAAGCCUAGACCCUUAACAUGUCACCUUUGCCUGAAACACUGCAGCGACUUGAGCAGGAGUGCCAAAGGACACCAUGACCUUGACAGACUGCUGUAGCUUCAUCGCUCAGAGAAGAGAGCCUUACAGAGUUCAUCAAAAAGAAAAACUCAGAAAUGCCCUCGCGGAAACCCAGGAGUUUUUCUGACAAACUUGGAGUCUCCGGCUGCUUAGUGGCUCCAGAGAUCUGCACUGUGACGAGCGGGUUGUGGUUCCCAUUUGCCUUUGGGACGGUUCCUAUCGGUUCCUAUCAAGGGAAGGCCCAGAGCUGCCUCCGACAGGCCCACUCCCCCUCCACCGCAGUUCAGGGCAGGUGCGACUGUGCCUUCCUGUCCCCUGUGUCCUGACGGCUCGCCAAGCCCUCCCGCCGCCCUGUGCAUCCCGCGCGCCCGGCAGCCACCCAUGUGUUGGUGCCCGCCUGUGCUCCACGCUGACCACCCCUGUUGCCUUCAGUUUCCUCUCCGGGUGGCCGUUCCUAGGUCCCCUUGUCUGUCCCCAGCCCUUCUAGAACCUCACCCUUAACUGUUCUCUAUAGGACUCGCUCUCACUUCAGUAGCUCCACGUGCGUUUUCUUUGAAGUGGAGCAUUCCUGAGUUCUGUGUCCCUGCUGGGCCUGGCCUGGGUGGGUGAGGCUGGCCGCCUUCGCCUGGGUGACUCGGUUCAGGUUGUGGGAGGACCACGAUUCCCCCCGUGUGUCACCAUCCAAGGGCUGUGGGCUCCAGUCUCCAUCACCCGUUACCCUCUGUGCAUCCUGGCGAGGAAGGCUUUCCAGAAACCCCCUGGCU